AAAAAAUCAAAGAAAAUCCGCUCCAAUGAACGAAGGGUGAGAGGGGCCGGUUCACCGAUGGGGGCCCCCCGGCAAGGUAUUUCUAGCCCUGCACACUGGAGGCUUCCCUGCAGUGAUGAGGCCUCGGAAAAAGUACAUCGUCCACUUUCGUCGGUCCCACCGCCUGCGCGGGGCCCGGACACCGGGCUGGCGUUUCCUCCGCCGCGUCGUCAGGGACCUGCGGCUGCCCCUGGCCUUUCUGGUGAUUAUCCUGCGCAGGAUCCGCCGCGGGAGCCACCAGCAAAGGUCAUGAUGAUGGGCAGCCCACGGGUGGCUGAGCUGCUGCUGCAGUUCGGAGCCGACCCCAACCGCCCCGACCCAAGCACCGGCUGCUUCCCUGUCCACGACGCGGCCCGCUCCGGCUUCCUGGAGACCGUGGCGGUCCUGCACCGCGCCGGGGCCCGCUUUGACCUGCCCGACGGCCGCGGUCGCCUUCCCCUCGAUGUGGCGGAGGGCGGUCCCCAUGGACCGGUGGGCUGCUACCUACGGAACCCACCGCUCCUUCCCGCCGCCGCCGCACCGGGAGCCGGGCCGCCCGCCGAGGGGGCUGAGCGCUGA